GGACGUGUCCAGCCCCGAGGUAACGGCGGACACUCUCGGCCGGCCAAUGACAUGCUGGUACCGCUUCCGCUCGUUCCGCGGCACGCCGCGCGACUGGAUACUGCGCAUCCGCUUCAAGAAGUUCAAGGUUGGCGUCUUGCUCAACGCCACGCACUGCCACAUGGGCUACAUGCAGAUCGUGGACGGUAACGCGAAGACUGACGUGAGCAACCGCAAGGAACCGGGCAUGUUCUGCGGCGAGACGGAGCAACCUCAGACCUUCAUCUCGGAGACGAGUUUCGUGAAGGUGCAGUUCCACACCGACAACUUCACGGACCAGACCUACUUCAGCUUCGACUCCCGCGCGGAGCAGCAGUUCGAGGUGUACCUGCGCUACGGCCAGCACCCGGAGCUCUACCCCAACCGGCGCGGCGAGGUGGUGUCGGGGUCGUACUGUGAGCGCGUGUUCCGGGAUUGCCGCCUGCAAACGUGCUACGUGCAGUCGCCGGCGUAUCCAGGCGUGUACCCGCGCGGCCUGCACUGUCGCUACCACCUCAACACGCGCUUGCCCUUCAUCAAGCUGUACAUCGAGAACGAGGAGUUCAACAUCGACGGCCAGCGCUGCGAGAACAUCAUGACGUGCCCUAUGCGGCCCAUCUCGUCAGGCGAGCAGCACUGCCCUUACGACUACAUCAAGAUCUACGACGGCAAGGACGAGGGUAGCCCCGUCAUAGGGACGUUUUGCGGCAUGGGCAAGUUUCCGUACUCAAUAAUCGGCACAAGCGAAGACCUGUUCGUGGAGUUCGUGAGCUCGCUGGCGGGCCCGCUGCUGAACACGGGCUUCCACUUCAACGUGGGCAACUGGCCGGGCCACGUGGAGACGGCAGGCAGCCGCAACGGCACGUGCGACUGGGUGCUCAGCAGCUCCGACCUCGCCUCCUCCGGCGACUCGGAGGGCAUCUUCCUGUCAGUGGCGCACUGGUACCCGCCACACACCUCCUGCACCUACCUGAUGCAGGGCAGCAAGGACGAGGUGGUGCGCCUCUACUUUCCCAGUUUCAGGAUCAACCGCAUCGAGUCUCCGAUCCAGCUGUUCGACGGCGACUGCGGCGAGUCGCUGACGCUGUACGACGCGGCGUGGCCCGACGACUCGCGCAUCAUCAAGACCUUCUGCGACACCUUCUCGCGCGCCAUGGAGAAGCACGACUUCGUGUCGACCGGCAACGCGCUGUUCGUGCGCUUCGAGAGCAAGACCGGCAGUUACUCGGGGUCGUCGCUGUACUACUGGGCGCACUACGACUUCUUCAACAACACGCGUUACGGCGAGCCGGUGGCGGGAUCCGCCUGUGACGAGGUGUUCCCCAGCUGGCGCGCGGCCAGCGGCUACCUGCGCUCGCCGCUCAACACGCUCGUCUACAAGCGCCAGGACACGCAGGAUGUGCGCUGCCUCUACCGCUUUGUCACCGACAAGCGCCUCUUCGCCCGCGUCAUACUCACCGUCACCGCUUUCAACUUCAAGGAACACCCGUACAACGCCGCGCCGUGCGCCGACUGCUGGGAGGACCGCGCCGACAAGCUGCUGGUGUGGGAGCCGCCCGCCGCCAACAGCUCCGCCCCCGAGCCCGGCGCCGGCGCCUGCCUGUGCCGCGGCGCGGCGGCGGCGCCCCCGGUCACCGUGGUGUCGCGCGGCGAGCGGCUGCACCUGCUGCUGGCCGUGGACGCGGCGCACGCCGCCGCCAGCUACUUCAAGCACGCGGCGCCGCUGUUCGAGGCGCGCUACGAGUUCGUGCACGGCCCGCUGUGCGGCCCGCCCGAGCUGGCGCCGGCGCCCGAGGGCGAGCUGGUGUUCCCGCACCUGGAGGCGCUGGGCUGGGGCGAGCCGCCGCGCGCCGUGCGCUGCAUCUGGCAGCUGCGCGUGUCGCGCGACCGAGACCUCUGGCUGCACUUCGACCAGGUGCAGUUCGCCUCGCGCGCCUGCGAGCACGGCCGCCUCGAGGUGUUCCUGGCGGCGCGCGCCGACCCCUUCCUGUCCGUGUGCGGCGAGAACGUGUCGGCGCUGCGCGACGUGCCCGUGCUGUCCGCCGCAGACCUGCAGCCCGCCGUGGAGCUGCGCUUCUCGGGCUCCGUGGCGCCGGCGCGCGCCGCCUUCAAGGUGGCGUGGACCGAGCUGUUCCACCUGCCGCGCCACGCCGACGGCUCGCUGGCCACGGCGCCGCUGGCCGACGAGGCGUGCGGCUUCGUGUGCCCGGGCGACGCGGCGCUCUGCGUCCCGGCGCGCCUCGUCUGCAACGGCGUCGCCAACUGCCCCAACUCGUCCGAGGCGGCGGACGAGGCGCCCGAGCUGUGCGCGCGCGCCGAGCCGGCCGACAGCUGGCUGGGGGUGGGGCUGGGGGCGGCGGGCGGCCUAGUGCUGGCGGCGGCGUGCCUCGCGCUGCUGUGCCGCGCCUGCUGCCGCAAGCGGCCCGGGGCGGACCUGCACGUGCCUUACUGA